AUGUGGAGCCAUUCCAGUAAAGAAAAAGUGAGUAGCAAAAUAUACACGCAGAAGAAGAUCACGAAAAGGGAGAAGCUGUUAGGCAUAGUCAAACCAUUCGUAGACGAAAGUUGCGAUAGCGCAGAGCCUUAUGUAAUAGCGUACUAUUUAAACAACCCAAUAAAUUUGGGAGCCCUCAAAAGCGCAUAUGAAAAAGUGGGAUCCCAAGUGCUGUACAAAGAGCCCUAUUUGUACGUGGAAAGUUGUGCAUAUUUUAACCAACAAAAUAGUUCAGCUGUAUUUUUUAAAAAUGGAUGUAUCGUCAUAUGGAGUAUGAAUAAGCAAAACAGAAAUAAAUUUUUUCACUUCUGCAAAAAGUAUAUAACCCUAAAUGAAAAUAAUAUUGAAAAUUAUGACUUUGAAGAACUGCAAGUAGAAAAUAUAAAUAACAAAAGUUACGUAAAUAAUUCUGUGAUUUAUUUAACUUCAAAUAAUUACAGGACGACGGACAAGAUAGCCAUUUCUUUUGGACUUUUAAGUGCUGUCAGAUUAAAUAAUUUGGAAAAGAAAAUUGAGAAGAAAUUAUUUUACGAAAAUGAUCAUAUCGAAAAUUCAAAAAAAAAAAAUCAAGUCAAAUAUGAGUUGAACAUUGAUCAAGACAUUUUGGACGUCCCAGAAGCGUUAUGGGAACUGGAAUAUCAGAGAAAGCUGUUUUUAAAUAUUUUACACAUUUUUGAUAUAAAGCAGAGAGUUGAUUUACUCAAUCAUAGACUGAGUUGGACUUUGGAUUAUUUGAAUUCCUUUUUGGAUUACGUGAAUCAGAAGCACUCCUCUCGUCUGGAGCGCAUCAUCAUCGUCAUAAUUGGUCUCGAGCUUGUGCUCGGCAUUAUGCAGAUGGUUAACACGAUUCGGUUGUAG